AUGAAACUGACCCCUCUUAACCAGCACACCUACCAGAAGACAACGAAACUGACCCCUGUACACCAGCACACCUACCAGAAGACAACGAAACUGACCCGUCUACAUCAGCACACCUACCAGAAGACAACGAAACUGACCCCUCUACACCAGCACACCUACCAGAAAACAAACAAAGACCGUUGCCCCUCUACAUCAGCACACCUACCAGAAGACAACGAAACUGACCCCUCUACACCAGCACACCUACCAGAAGACAACGAAACUGACCCCUCUACACCAGCACACCUACCAGAAGACAACGAAACUGACCCUCUACGCCAGCACACCUACCAGAAGACAACGAAACUGACCCGUCUACUGACCCCUCUCACCAGCACACCUACCAGAAGACAAUGA